GUAUUGCCCCAUCAUAAUCACAUUGCAUCGAGUGUCGCAAUGCAACGGGUCCACAUCGCUUGGCCUCGCUGGCGUGCGGGCAUUGCUCGCACACUUCAUCGGCGAAAAGGACAUUGGGCCUUUCAGGAAACGCCAAAUCCCUCUGUGUGGAAGUUCCAGAGCGAUGUCCGUGUCCCUGAAGGCACUCGGCAAAAGCUGUUGGAGCUUCCAGGUGUUCACGACGUAUUUGCCAACGAGGGGGCCACCGGCACGUGGUUUGCCGUGACCCGACAGCCGGGGACCGAGUGGCAAAGCCUGGCGCCGAUGGUGCGAGACUUUCUUCAAGAGCUCCCAGAGAACGACUCAAAGCUGGCAGAGGGCCUGGAAGUGGAGGGAACUACUGAGGGCCUGGAAGGGGCCGAGGAGAUUCUGGAAGUCCUCGAGCAUCGAAUCCGACCUUCGGUUCAAGAAGAUGGUGGUGACGUGAUGCUAAAAUCCUGGAGCCCUGAGACUGGCGAAGUGGUUCUCAAUUUGCAGGGCGCCUGCCGUGGGUGUCCACAAAGCGCGGUCACCCUGCAAGAGAGCAUCCUGAAGACACUCAAGCACUUUGUGCCUCAGGUCACCUCAGUCCGCUCGGAGGAGGAUUUGGACGUGGACGCGACGAAUCCCUAUGCGGAUUUGCCCUGGACACACCAUGGUGAGCCAGCCAAGGACCGGAUCGGUGCCUUAGUGGCCGAGGGCACACCCAUCUUCUCCACCUUUGCAGGGACCAAGGUCGAGGGGCCCAAGCUUCGCCGGAUAUCUUUCAUGUCAGAGAUCCUCUUGCAAAAUCGCAGACCCGAGCACAUCUUCGUGACGUGCCAAGACUGCAAUGCCAAACGUACCAUCGAAGAUCCGUCAGAUCUGCUGCGUGAGGACAAAGGAAAUACCACUGGAAGGGCUGCAGUGGCUAUUUGCCCAACUUGCUGUGUGGUGAUUGCCAAAUAGAAGGGCAGCUGCAGCUGGCUGGCCCUUGCCACUAUGUCUCGAUGUGAGGUGCUGUGAAACAUGCACACCUGACCUCUUAAGAUGUACAGAACUGUUGAAGGAAGACAUCAGGAAAACCGGUUUGUGCACGACCA